AUGUCGUGGAGAACCAUCUCUAGAGAAGCUCAGGCUGCUGUACUGAAGUCCAUUCCCAGGCGUUGGCGGCUGGAUCCCGAAAAUUAUGCGUCUCUGAAAGACGUAAGGAGCGUGCCUUAUACAAGUGGCAUUCUGACUCCCAAUCAGCUCAAGAUUACUGAACUUACGGCUGUCGAGAUAGUGAAACAUCUUGAGUCUCGUCAAUUGAAAGCCGUACAAGUUUUAGAGGCUUUUGCCGGUCGGGCAGCUAUCGCACAUCAGCUGGUCAACUGUCUGACCGAGUGGUUCUUUGAAGAUGGCCUUCAACAAGCGAGAGAGCUCGACGAGAUCCUUGACAAGGGUGGAAAGCUGAAAGGCCCAUUACACGGAGUUCCUGUCGCGUUAAAGGAUGCCGUUGAAGUUAAAGGCCAUGCUGUAACAAUGGGAUACGUUGCGAGAAGAAACAACAUCGCUAAGGAGGAUUGCACUAUUGUAAGGACAUUGCGUGCCGCAGGUGCGGUCUUCUUUUGCAAGACAACCAUGCCCCAGUCAGGAAUGGCUUUGGAGACGGUCAGCAAUCUUUGGGGCCGCACUACGAACCCAUUCAAUAGAGAUUUGGGCGCGGGCGGUAGUUCCGGAGGGGACGCGACUUUGGUCGCCUUGAGAGGCAGUCCCAUCGCCCCUUCGACUGAUAUGGGGGGAUCUAUUCGCGUGCCGGCCGCGUUCAACGGACUAUACGGAAUUCGACCGACGGCGGAUCGCAUACCCAAGGGCGGCAUGUACAACACCAACACUGGGAAUCUGACGAUCAAAUUGUCCUGUGGACCUGUCUGUCACUCUCUGGACGACCUUGAGCUAUUUACCAAGGUCAUCAAUGCGCAUCCGCACAAUAAGUACGAUGUGACUUCUGUGCCGGUUCCCUGGAAAAGCCUUGACCCAUUAGAUCGCAAACUUACUAUAGGAGUAAUGAAAUGGGACGGAGUGGUAAUGCCUCACCCGCCGGUCCUCAGAGCUCUAGAGCACACCAAGCAGACACUCGAGAAGGCCGGACACGAAGUCAUUACAAUCGAGCCCCCUUUCGAUUGCUGGGAUAUCAAACAAACUACGUUCGAUAUCUAUUACCAAUCUGGGUCUGCCGGGACUAUGUCCACACUGGCCGCUUCUGGCGAGCCUACCAUACCAGCUUUUGCGGAUCUGCUCAGGGUUUUCGACACCCGAGAACACUCUGCCGCGGAAGCGUUACGAUUGAAUAUCAAAGCAAGAGCCCUCAAAGAGCAAUUUGCCGAUACAUGGAAGGACACUGCUGGCCGCACUACCUCAGGCCAUACGAUUGAUGCAGUGAUAGCGCCACCAGCGCCUGCAGUAGGCUAUCCGCAUGACUUUAAUAUAUAUUGGGGAUAUACCUCGUUGUUUAAUCUUUUGGACUAUCCUUCUAUCAUCUUGCCGAUUCACAACUUCAAGGUGGAUCCUCAGCUGGACCCUGUGGAUCACAACUACCGGCCUUUGGAAACGAACCCCUACGACAGACCCAAUUAUGAACUGUAUGAUCCAAAUGUGUUCGUAAAUCAACCGUCAACUAUCCAGAUCGUUGGACGUCCGUUCGAGGAUGAAGAAUUGAUUCGGGUAGCCUACAUACUCGAUGCGCUGUUCAAGGCUCCAUAA